AUGUUCCAUUUGAAUAUAAAGUUGCUAUGUGCUUCCUUUCAGAUUUCACAUCGAUACUAUCGUUUUGUUCUUGUCACAGUGUUUGCCAUUGAGGAGAUUAACCAGAAUCCCAAUAUUUUGCCAAACAUAACCCUGGGGUUCCGUAUUUAUGACUCAUGUUACACAGAAAUCAAAGCACUUAAAGGUACUCUUUGGUUAUUAACUGGAAAGAACGAAACAUCUCCAAAUUUUUCAUGUGAUUCUGCUGCACUGCCAUCUGCUGUUAUUGCAGAACUUGCCUCUAAAUCAUCACUGCCGAUUGCCACGAUAUUGGCACUGUACAGAUACCCUCAGAUUAGCUAUGGAGCUGUUCUUCCUGCACUAAGUGACAAGCUUCAAUUUCCAUCAUUCCUCAGAACUGUUCCUAGAGACACAUUUCAGUUGAAUGCUUUUGCUCGAUUGUUUACAUAUUUUGAUUGGAAUUGGAUUGGAAUUUUGGCAUCUGAUAAUGACUUGGGUAGAACUGGCAGUCAGAUUUUAAAGACAGAAGUGGAAAGAAAUGGUGGAUGUAUUGCUUUUUUGGAGAUCAUUUCAAUGCAUGAUACCAAGGAAAGACUCAACCAAGUAAUUGAGGUAAUAAAGAAGUCUUCUGCCAAUGCUAUAGCUGUCUAUACUACAGCAGAGAACCUGGUUCCAUUCAUGGAGGAAACGUCAUUGCAUAAUUUGUCUGGGAAGAUAUGGAUUGGAGCUACCAGUUGGUCGGUGUCUUCUGAUUUUUCCCAAAAAGAAAUCUUGGAAAUGCUGAAUGGAAUGAUAGGAUUUGCACAUGAACAAGGAAAAAUUCCAGGUUUACAAAAGUUCCUUUACAGUAUUCAUCCUUCCAAAUUCCCAGAUGAUAUUUUUAUUAAUACUUUCUGGGAGAAUGCAUUUAACUGCAACUGGCUGAAUUCUGAUAAUUCUUCAAUGGCAGAAAUCAAAGUAGCUGCUGAGGAAGUAACAUGUUGUACAGGAAAGGAAAAUCUGAAGGAUGUGGAUGUUUCCAAAUAUGAUGUAAAUACCUUCCGAUUUACCUAUACUACCUAUAAUGCCAUAUAUGCUGUAGCAAAUGGCUUACAUAAAGUGUUUUCCUUUAAACCUGAUGGAUCUUUUCUUAAUGCAACUUGUAUGACAGGUACCAGAUGCCAUCCAUGGCAGCUCCACCAUUUUAUUAAAAAUGUGCAUUUUGUGAACAGUGCUGGUGCAGAUGUGUACUUUGAUGUUAAUGGUGACCCUCCAGCUGUGUAUGACCUUCUUAACUGGAAGAUGAGUGAAGACGGAAAUGGCAUUCUUGAAAAAGUUGGCAGUUAUGUUUCAAGUCGGUCUCAUGGUCAGGAACUCAAGGUCAAUGUGAGUGCUAUCUUAUGGAACAAAGGAACACGACAGGUCCCACAUUCCGUUUGCAGUGAGAAAUGUCCAUUUGGAUACAGGAAAGCUACCAAACAAGGACAGCCCAUAUGCUGCUUUGACUGUGUCUCAUGCAAUGAGGGAGAGAUAACUAAUUCAACUGAUGUUAGUGACUGUCAGAAGUGCCCUGAAGACCAGUGGCCUAACAUCCAUCGAAAUCAGUGCAUCCUGAAAGUCAUCCAGUUUCUUUCAUAUGAUGAUCUAUUGGGAGCAAUGUUAUCAGCCACCUCUGCAUGUUUCUCAUUGAUCACAGCCAUCAUCUUCUUCAUCUUCAUUAAGUAUAGAGACACUCCAAUAGUCAAGGCCAAUAACCUGGAACUUAGCUACAUUCUGCUUGGUGCACUGACACUCUGCUUCCUCUCUCCUUUAAUAUUCAUUGGUCACCCAAGAAAGGCAAACUGCCUGUUCCGCCAGGUUGUCUUUGGUAUUGUGUUUUCCAUCUGUAUUUCUAGUGUUCUUGCAAAAACUACUGUUGUUAUUGUUGCUUUCAGGGCCACUAAUCCUGGUAGUAAACUAAAAAAGUGGUUGGGAAAUCAGCUUCCAUACACAAUUAUACUGUUCUGUUCUGUUCUUCAAGUGGUGAUAUGCACAGUCUGGCUGGUCACAGCCCCUCCUUUCUCAGAAAUGAAUAUGAAAUCCGAAAGUGGCAAAAUACUAAUUCUGUGUAAUGAAGGUUCUAUGACAGCAUUCUGGUGCAUGUUGGGAUAUUUGGGAUUUCUAGCAAGUGUAAGCUUUCUAGUGGCUUUCUUUGCCAGGAAUCUACCGGACAGUUUUAAUGAGGCAAAAUAUAUCACUUUCAGCAUGCUUAUUUUUGUUGCUGUUUGGAUAUCUUUCAUCCCUGCAUAUUUGAGUACACAGGGAAUAUACAUGGUGGCAGUGGAAGUAUUUGCCAUAUUAUGUUCUAGUGCUGGAAUGCUUGUGUGCAUUUUUUCUCCAAAAUGUUAUAUCAUUGUUCUGAGACCAGAAAAAAAUACAAGAGAAAGACUGGUUGGAAAAGUAAAUUAA